AUGCCCGGCCAGCCGGACUUGGUAGAGCUGCUGGCGCGGGAGCCCGGCUUCGCCGGCGCAGUGGGAGCGCGCAGCGCACGCGACGCGGCGGCGGCCGCCCUGGCGGUGAUACGGAGCAACUGGCGCAUCUUCGGCCCCGGCCUGCGGCCCGCCAAUGCGCCGCCGCCGAUCUCCCUGGGGCACCCACACCCCCACUCCCACCACGCGCACCACCCCCACCACACACACGAACCGAGCGGCCCUGGUGCGGCCGCGCGGCGGCCGAGCGACUCAGGCGCCGCCACCGCAGCAGCAGGGGCGGCAGCAGCGCCGGCGGCGGCGCCCGCAGCGCCGGGUUUGGGGCCAAGCAGCGGCACGCCGGCGCAGGCGGGGGGCGUCGGUUUGGCACGGCAGGCAGGGCGGCCGGUGGAGAGGCAGCAGUCUGUGUUUAGAGCGCGGGGCCCCCUGAAGCUGAAGGACUUUAUCAAGCUGAUGCGGAAGGAGCUGGCCGCGACAGAGGAGCAGGUGCCAUGGAGCCUGGUCGAGAACCGGUGGCGGGCGCAGCGCAAGAACUGGCAGCGGCGCGUGCGGCAGGCGGACACCAUCCAGGGCUUGGCUGGCUGCAUCUGGGAGCUGCACGGCACCCUGCGCACCGACAAGGCGGCCGGACUCUUCGCGUCCGGCGGCCAGUGGGAGCGGUCGCUGCUGCAGGUGGUGAACGGCCUAGGCAACCAGCUGCAGCUGCAGACGGUGUGGGAGGAGAUGAGGGGCCUGCUGCAGUCGUGGUUGGAGAAGCAGCAGCUGCCGGGAAGCUCCGCGUCCCUGGACAAGGCCUCCUACGCUCAGGCCGUGCGCACCUUCAACGUGCUGCAGGAGGCGGCCGUCCCCCUGGACCAGAUCCUGGGCAGCCAGAGGGAGCUGCAGGCGCUGCAGGCCAUCAUCCUCAGGGAGCACGCCGCCAUGCAGGCGCGGCUCCAGGAGACCGCGACUGGCGGGGAGAGCGGCGGCGGUGGCGGCGGCGGCGGCGGCGGCGGCGGCGGCGGUGGCGCUGCUGCGAUGCUCACAGACCCAGCCGCCGCCCCCGACGGUCUGCUGGCAACCAUCGGGAAGCUGCCCGGCGUGAGGGGCGCCGACGACGAUGAUGUCGACACCGAUGGUGACGUGUGCAGCGAGGCCACAGACAUGGACGACUCAGAGUGA